UUCCGCAGAUCGCGUGAAAAGAGCUAUCUCGCGUGCUCUUGCAAGCAGUUCGCCUUGUUUUCUUUGUGUGAACGGCUGUGCAGCAGUGUACUUCGAGCUGAAGCUGGCACUCGACUUUGCUGCAAAAUGUUCGCGAGGGUGCUCUUCGCGGCGAGCAUAAUUUGCUUAAGCACUGCAGUCCCCAUAGCCAAGCCAACGGACAAAGUUUGCCAGACAUUGAGCACAUCAUGCCAAGAUCUGUGGGUAGCGUCAUCAUGCAAAACUGUGAAACCCUGCAUAGAGAUGAUUUGGGAAAGGCUCGAAGUCCCCAUGGACAAGAGCAGUGUGUGCAACAUAUGCAAGGAAAUGGUUAAAGAAGCAAGAGACCAGCUCCUUAGCAAUGAAACUCAGGAGGAGCUAAGGGAAGUGCUUGAAGGCAGCUGUGCUCUCAUACCAAUUGGAUUUAUUAGCGAAAUGGUUGGUGCUGUUUGUUACUGCUUUGCAUGUCUCCUUUCUAAAUCUUUUUCUUUCACGUUUCAGUGCAAGGAAAUGGUUGACAGUUUCAUUCCUGAUCUAAUCGACAUCCUUGUUUCGAGGAUGGACCCAGACCAAGUCUGCACAAUCGCUGGUUUAUGCAAUCCCGAUUUCGUUACCAGGAAGCUUCAGAAUCUACUGCAGCACAAAGUUUUCCUAGCGUCAGUUCAGUCUCGUGUCUUCCUGCCUUUGACAAAAGUAGCGUCAACAUCAAUCACCAAAAAGGAGGCCACAUGUACUCAAUGCAAGACAGCCAUGAAACAUGCUAGGGAGCUGUUCCAGAAAUUACCCUUGGAAGGAGUCAGGUCUGCUGUCCUGAAGGUCUGCCACAAAAGGCUUGGCACAGCCAAUCCUGAGUGUUCUACAUUGGUGAAUGUUUUCUUGCCAUCAUUCUUCAAGUACCUGCAAUCAUUGAACCCUGAAGAAUUUUGUGCAUAUGUGGACCGUUGCAAGUCUGUGAACCCACCAAAACUGAGUAUCCCAUCACUUCCCAAAGCAAAUGAUGACUUGACCUGCGACUUCUGCAAGCAGCUUGUGGAGCAUGUCAGGCAAAUGUUUGCUGCAAACGCAACACAGGAAGAAUUUAAGCAGGCUUUGCUGAACUUCUGUGAAGAGCUUGGUGCUGCUGCUGAAGAGUGCCAGAGUCUUGUUGACAAGUACUAUGACACCGUGUACACUUACUUCCUUGAUGCCCUUGACCCAGAUGUUUUCUGUCAUACCAUUGGCCUGUGCUCCAACAGUGGCAUGAAGUCUGAGGAGAAGGCUCUAAACAAACUUUUCAUCAAGGCAAUGCAAGGUGCACUCCAGCAGAAGGGCCACCUCAAGAACCUCAAGGCUGCCAAGAAAUUGAAGAGUUACCUGGAACCACAGCAUUCAGUUCCUCUCAUCAAGGUCUACCCUGCUUUGCCCAAGAAAUACUUUGACAACAACCAGUCCGACAUUGCAUUUCCUAUGGUAAAGACCUUCCCUGCCCAGCAAAACUCGAGAGUUGAAGAUAUUUACACCUGUUCUAUUUGCAAGGCUUUCAUCACCCUUCUUGAGCAAGUCAUACCACUGAAUGCCACUGUGGAUGACGUCAAGUUCGUCCUUGACCAAAUAUGCGAACUGUUCCCUACAGAAACCGAAAGGAACUGUCGAAGCUUUGUUGAUAAAAAUGCAGAAGUAAUCCUCAAGUUCCUGGCAAAUGACGUUGCUCCUGCAGUCAUCUGCCAUGAAAUAACCCUCUGUUCAUCACUGCCCCCGAGAAAUACUGGUGCUGCUUCGGAUUCGCCCGAUUGUGACUACUGCAAGCUGACCGUCGAAUUCUUCUAUGACGAGCUAAAGAAAAAAGAAACUGAGGAAGAAAUCAAGCUGAUAGUUGAGAAAGUGUGUCAGCUGUUCCCAAGCAGCAGCAGGGACAAGUGCAUCAGCACAAUCAACACCUACGUGGACAUGGUGAUAUCCCUCGUCCUUCAAGAGUUCACCCCUGAGCAAAUUUGUCAGCAACUUGGCUUUUGUGCCCCAACUAUUCCAGCUAUUGAAUCUACACCUGUUAUUCUACCCAAGAAAGUCUCGGAUGACACAUGUGACCUAUGCAUGGUUUUGGCCAAGUUUGUCUAUGACAAAGUGAAGGACGAGAGAACUGAGGAGAAAGUGAAGGAAGCACUCGACCAGGCUUGCUCUCUGCUUCCCAGCUCAUUGGAGCAGAAGUGUGUCGAAAUGAUCAACAACUAUUAUGACAUGCUGGUCAGCCUCCUUGUCCAGGAACUUGAACCUGAUGAGGUGUGCAAAGAACUUGGCCUGUGCCCCUCCACAAAAAAAGCUUCAAGUGUUUCUUCUAAGAAGCCUACAGAUGGAGAGUGUGACAUCUGCAAGAUAUUGGUGAAGUUUGUCUACAAUCAACUGCAGGACAACAAGACUGAGGAAGAGGUGAAGAACCUCUUAGACAAGGUGUGCUCUCUGCUGCCAGACUCCCUAGAAAAGACAUGUACAGACACAGUGAACACCUACUACGAUGAGCUGGUGGAGCUUAUUGUGAAGGGCUUUACACCAGAGCAGGUCUGCCAAGAGCUCGGCCUCUGUCCGUCUGCAAAGAAAGCUGGUGUGCCCCCUGUUGCAAGUGUUUCUUCUAAGAAGGCUACGAAUUUGUGCGACGUCUGCAAGGUCGUGGUGACAUUUAUCAACGAUGAACUGCUGCAGAAAAACAAGACUGUGGACGACGUGAAGAAACUCUUGGGCAGAGUGUGCAUUGUGGUGCCAGAUCCGAUGAAACAGGCGUGUGCAGCCGCAGUCAACAACUACUGUGACCUGAUUGUGCAUUUCAUUGUUAUGGGACUAACACCUGAAGCAAUUUGCGAAGAGUUUGCCCUGUGUACUUCUGCAAAGAAACCUGGGAUGCCUCCUGUUGAAAGUUUUCCUUCUCAUAAGGCCACAGACGAUGUGUGCGACAUCUGCAAAGUCGUGGUAAAGUUCGUCUAUGAUGAACUGCAGGACAACAAGACUGAGGAGGAGGUGAAGAAACUCUUGGACAGUGUGUGCACACUACUGCCGGAGUCGCUGAAGCAAACAUGCAUGGACACAGUCAACACUUACUAUGACCAGCUGGUGCAGCUCAUUGUACAGGGAUUUACACCUGAAGAAGUCUGUGAACAACUCUCCCUGUGUACUUCUGUUUUAGCAAAGAAAGCUGGGAUGCCUCCUGUCUCAAGUGUUCCUUCUAAGAAGGCCACAGAUGAUGUUUGUGACAUCUGCAAAGUCGUGGUGAAGUUUGUCUAUGAUGAACUACAGGACAACAAGACCGAGGAGGAGGUGAAAAAACUUUUGGACAAAGUGUGCUCUGUGCUGCCGGAAUCACUGAAGCAGACGUGCACUGACACAGUCAACACCUACUAUGACCAGCUGGUGCAGCUCAUCGUGCAGGGAUUUACACCUGAAGAAGUCUGCGAACAACUCUCCCUGUGUACUUCUGCCUCGAAGGAGCCUGUUGCAACGAGGCCUGCCAAAAUUGCCAAUGAUGAAGAGUGCACGUAUUGUACAACAAUAGUUCAGUAUGUGUAUGAUGCUCUUCAGGAUGAGAAAACUGAGGAGGAGAUCAAGGAAGCACUAGAUGAAGUCUGCACCCUUUUCCAUGGAGAUAGACGGCAACAGUGUGUUAAUAUGGUCAACACAUAUUUUGAGAUUAUUGUGUCGCUCAUAGUUCAGGACUUCACGCCUCAGCAAAUAUGUCAGACAAUUGGACUGUGCCCAUCAAUUACUGGAAGAAAUAUGGAGUGCACCUUCUGCCAGUAUGCCCUUCACUUCAUCCAGAAUGAGCUUGUGGAGAAUAGCACUGAGGCUAGAGUGGAAGCUAUACUCGACAAAUUGUGCAGCAAACUGCCAAAUGACAUGGCUAAGGAAUGCAUGGCAUUUGUGGAGGAGUAUGGACCAGCUGUCAUGGUUCUCCUUGCUCAGGAAAUAGAUCCCAGCAUAGUUUGUGUGGCUAUCAAGGUCUGUCCUAAGGACGGGCUUCUGAAACAAUCUGACGUGAAACUGAAACUGAAUGAGUGUGCCACCUGCAAGGCUGCCACCAGCUAUGUAGAGGAAAUACUCAAGGAUACCAAGAAUGACCAGGAGGUUGCCAAGCAAUUGGCAAAUGCUUGUGAUCACGCUCCUAAGGCACUUCAGUCUCAGUGCAAGGCCUUGAUUAAGACCUAUGGGCCAGCUCUCCUCCGGACUAUUGCACAGGUUGGCAGUGGUGAAGAAGCAUGUAAGAAGUUGGAUAUCUGCUCCGAUGACGCUGCACCACACAAGCAUCGGCAGCUGAAACUAGGCAGCAAUCCAUGCACACGAGGUCCAGCCCACUGGUGUCAUUCGAAGGAAAAUGCCGCAGCUUGUAAGGCCACCCCAUUUUGCGAGAAAAAGGUGUGGAAGCAGUAGUGCCUCUUCCUAGAUUUUGUUUGAUACUCAUUUUACGUAGUACUUUUUUAAUUAGAAUUAUGGCACAAUGAAACACAAUCUUUGUUAUAUAGUUAGAUACAAUGGACAGGCUACUUAAAAAAACCAAAGCUUUUUGUUUUGUUUUCCUUGAACUUUUUAUGCUCGUUUUUGUUUUCUUUUAGCGUAAAUAAUGUUUCAAUUGUUCAAACAACGUACAUACUCUGUCAGUUUCUGUGCACAUUUUCGAAACUUGGCAAUAAACCUUGAAUACUGGUUUUUACUUGGGUCACUAAUUGGAAUGUGCAUUACUUCAUGUACAGCCAAGUAAAUCACUCUGUAAUUGUUCAGGAAUGUUUUAUGUUUAUGUUGCAAAGAAAGCACACAUGGACAUGGCAAAGCAGAUCUAAACUGUGUAACAAGUAUGCAGGAAGUGAGUAGACAACAGUGAAUAUCGUGUGCAGAAUGUAAAUAAUUUUAGCCUUAAACGAAUAUUUAGGGCAUUUCAUAAGUUUUACUUUAUUGAUGGGUCCUGAAAAUAUCAGCACUCUUACUAUAGAUGACUACUUAGUUGUGUAUAAUAUAAUGUUUUGCAGACAGUAGAUCGUGUGAGAAAAUGGGAAAUGUUAUGAAUUUUGUAAAACAAAGCGAUCUUGGGCUGCGACAGCAAUCUUAACAGUCAUGCUGUACAAGGUAUCGCUGCUUUUUUCAAACAAAAACGGCACUGUUAUAACACUUUCAGAAUUAUCAUUAACAGUGCAAAGUAACAGUGCUGUCAAUUCUGUAAAAGAUCCAAUAAAAUUGGUUUGAAUGUA